AUGACGCCUGCAGAGUUGACUUGUGAUCUGCCAAGCCCCUUGGAACUUUGGGAUGCUAAAGACGCGGCGGAGUACUAUGAAGCGGCCAACGCUCUCGGUGCCGAUGGCUCCAGGAGGAUUUGUUCCGUUAAACAGUGUACGGACGCGCUGAUGGCUGAAAAUUGGGUCGGUAUGGGAAGUUUCCCGUUCCAGGAUAUCAGCGGAUCCGACCUACAAUUGUUGAUUUUCGCACUCAACGGCAUGUUGGCAUCGGCCAAUCUCAUGGGCGUCUUACCUGCGUGCGCGCCAGCCCUGCUACGUGCCGUUUCCAGGUGGGAAGUCAUGUGGGACACGAUCAGGGGUCGCAUGGAGCCCGCCGCAUUCGAAAAAGCAGGCAUGAUUCGGUACAAUAGCGAGCUAUGCUGGAUAGCAAGAAAGCUUGUUCACGUCUCCAUCUCAGGGGACAAGAGUUCUGCGUACAUGCAGAAAGUUGGACACGAUUCUCUUGUGCAACUGCAUGAGUUCGUGCGCCAGUACCGCGAUAGCUGA